GUCGUCCCCGCGAUCGGUUGUGAUAUGUGCGGAGUACUUUCACAUGAUAUUUGAAUCAGUCGAUGUAGGAAACAGCCUUUGUGUGCAUGAGAAAUUCGAAACAUGAAUAAUAUUGAUGAAGUGUCGUCAAGGAUGCUCCAAGAAGUGUGUGAUAAUAUUAAAACAGCAAUUGAACAAGGCCGGACUGAUAUAAUUAAGUCCGUGCUUGAGGCAUGUGAAGGGGAUGAUAUUGAACCAAAUUUGCGGAAGGAGAAUGUGCUGAACAAUCCACUUCUUGAAGAUGGAACAUUCCUGUAUAUGGCAACUAAGAUGAACCAAGGUGAUGUGGUGCGAACAUUACUGUCCUGUGGUGCUGAUCCAGGAGUACAAAACUCAAAAGGUCUAAAUGCUAUUGAUGUGGCAACAUCUGAGCAGAUGCGACUGAUUUAUAUUGAGGAACUUCUGAGAGCAACUGCAAAUUCUGAGGUUGGUCGUGUGUGCCAGCUGAUUGCAGCAGGCAUCAAUAUCAACUCAUGGGACAGUGAAGAGAGCAAGAACACUCCUCUCCAUUGGGCAGCUUGUUAUGGAAACAAGGACAUUGUUACUUGUUUGAUAGAUCGUGGAGCUGACGUGAAUGCCAUGAACUCCUGUGGUGCAACUGCUCUGCAUGAUGCUGUGCUCAGGGGUGACAAAGACAUUGUGGAGGAAUUGAUGCAGGGUGGUGCCAACCCACUCAUACAGGCCAUGAAAGGGAAGUUUGGUGGAAAAACGCCUUUGGACCUUGCAUCACAGAAGCCUGAGAUACUUGCAUUAGUAAAGAGAUUCACUUCAUUCUCACCAUCUGUGAAUGGACACCAAGAUAUCAGUACAUUGGUUCACCAGCUGCAACAUAGCAGUAGCGUAACAUCAGGUGGCAGCUAUGAUAGAGGCGAGCGUGUCCGGAGCGUGUCAGUGGAGUCAUUUAGCAGUGGCGGGCGGGGUGAGAUGCUGCAGCAUAGGGAUGGUUCCACUGUGAGUGUGCAUGGACAUGGCUUUCCGUCAGAAAGGAAACAGUCAUCACGAUCCUCAAAUACUAUUGUAUUUUCUUCACAAGCAUCCUUGUUGGACCUCAGUCCACGUAUUGACCAGGCUAUUGAGAAUCUGGUGCGGACACAUGUCAGCACACCAGUACGCCCUCUGGUGACUCACAGCAGCCUGCAUUUGUUAUGGCCACAACCACGGAGAAUAGUGGAACUUGAGGGACCUCCAUUUGUGCCUCAGAAGGAACUGCACAUCUCCAUCAUCCAGAGCCCAGUAUCCAUUCACAGGAUUUUGGAUAUUUGGGAUGUCUGUCGGCCAACACUAAUUGCCCUUGGUUUUGAUGUGAAGAUUGGUGAUGUUCAGCCUUCAUGUGGAAGGUGGUCAGAGAGCCAGGUUGAAUGCAUCGUCAAUGAAGAUCUCUUUUCAUACAAAGAUUCCUACCAGAUCCACAUAAAUUCUGACAGGGCACGAAUAGGUGCUGGAAGUCUUUGUGGCCUCCAUUAUGCCCUGUGCACUUUCACACAGCUGCUACGACUGUCCGUGGCUGGACCAGGAAACAGUGUGCUAGUUCCAGUGCUAAUUCAGGACCACCCUGCAAUGCGGCAUCGUGCUGUUCUUCUGGACAUAUCACCCCGUGGCCGAGUUCCAACAUUAGACUUCCUCUUCCAUAUGAUAAACCUAUGGUCAUCCAUGAAAGUCAGCCACCUGCACCUGUACACACAGCUGCUGCCAAGCUCAGAAUGGCAACUCUGCUUCACAAGGAGUGAGGUGGUAUCAAUUGAUCGCUACUGUCAAGAUAGAUUCAUUGACCUCUUGCCUGUAUUGGAUGUGGAUACACAUGUCUCAUAUGAGGACCUGACAGAUAUGUGGCCUGCAUUCCAGGAGAUCCUAGCCAGCUUCCCAAAUCUGAGAUAUGUCCACAUAGGUCCAAAGUUGUGCAGUCUUUUGGUGAGGCCUGAGGAGAUAGAUGAGGUGGAUGGAGUGAGUUCAGACAGCUGUCAGUAUGCGAGUCUGCAGGAGCUGUGGCAUCACUUGUCACUGCCACCAAACAUCACACUUAUGCUUUGUAGCAACAGAAUUCAACAGCACAGAGUUCAGUUCUUCCCUUCCAAUGUGUUGUUUGUGCAGUAUGGUUUUCAGGCAGACUAUGACUUCCUUGAAUGGACACAGGACUUCCACCAACAAGGAACAAUGACUUGUCUUUGUCCUGGUACUGCCAGCUGGAACAGCCUGGCUGGUUGUCCAGAAGCCUCCAUCUGUAACAUAUACCAUGCAGUUCAGGCAGUUGGGGAGCAAGGGUCUUUAGGGGUGAUAGUUGCUCACUGGUCCGGAUCAUAUCACCUCACUCCACAUCCAUUCAGCUGGCCUGGCUUUGUGGUGGGCAGUGGUCUAUCUUGGAACCCAGAAACUCAUUUGGACUCCUUGCACAACUCACUAGGUGACCUGCUCAACACACACAUUUUCCUGGAUAGUGAAAAUGUGAUUGGCCGUGUCAUCAUAGAAUUGGGCUAUGCAGAGACAUAUGCCUUGAGAUCAUGCAGAGGCCAGGAUCAGAGUGACCUUUCAGACCUUCCUGCACAGGAUGGCUCUGCAUUGUACAAGCUACUUACAGACCCUGACAACGUGAAUCUGGAAAACCUUACAGUUGAUAUGUUUGGGAGGGUUACGAAACAUAUCAAGAAAUGUCAGAACAAUUUGUUUCGGGCCAAGGUGCAGUGUUUGUUUGGUGAGAUGGUGAUUCAGGAGCUGCAACUAGCCACUGACCUCAUGCUCACAGCUUGCCGGAUAGGCCGAACACUGAUUGGUGUGGGAACCAACCCUAACAGCAACAUGGGCUUGGCAGUUAUUAAUCUGGGAGUGUGUAAUCUGCCACCGACAUUCAGAACGGAUAUAGCAAAUAAGUUGCUAGCCCACAUUGAGCAAUACAAAGGCACAUGGCUUCAGCGACAUCUUCCUGCAGGACUCCAGACUUCCCUGCUUGUCCUCACCUCAGCUCUGCACCGGUUUGUUCCUGAUGAGUCUCAGGGCACAUAACUGGACAUUUAUUCCUUAUUUACAUUGCUCAAGUUGAUGUAUUAUGAAUGCCUUUCAUAAUUAAAAUGUCAAGAUUGAGAACAAACCAGUGGUGAAAGUAUUUGUUAUGCUACUGAAUGGCUCUGGGUGCAUCUGCUGUGUUUACCUGAAUAAAAAUCAACCUAGAUCUAAAAAAACCUCUUAGAAGAUGUGUUACGACAGUGCGUAAAGUGCAGCAGUUUCACCAAAACAAUUUUCACGCACCUGAUGAUGGCCAUGUAGGCCAAAACAUGGUAUGUAAAUAGGAUGAAAGAAUGAGAAUUUUAAUUACAAAUUAAAGAAGUUGCAUGAAAGAUGGAAAUGAAUACAUGGAAAGUAGUUUGUAGCAUCAGCGUGGCUGUUGUUGUGUACGUUUUCGGCUUGAAGUGUCAUGAUAAAGAACAGAAGAGUAUCAGUGUGGUACUUUCUUAAUAUGCAGAUGUAAAUGACACUUGGGCCAGUAAAGGUACAGAAAACAGUCGUAAAUUCAGGUAAACAUGGUAAUUAGGAAUCCCAUCAGGUAUUGAUGAUUAUAAGAUUAACUGGAGCUAUUCUAGUAAUGUGUCAUUCUGAUAUACUGUAACAUUCAUUUUUCUGAUUAUUUAUCCCUUUGCCCCCCAUUUCAUCUUCCAGUCUUUUGUAUUUAUAAUUUCAUUAAGACAUUUAAUGAUUUUAUUUUAUCUGCAAAAUGUUACGUUCAUUUAAACACUAUGCAGUGAAACCUUGGCACUUGUCUUGGCAACGAAGGUGAUAAUCUUAAAAAUAUAAAAGUGAAAGUAUAAUUGUGAGCUAGUAGAUGUUACUCUUUCUCAGAAAUGGAAAAUUGUUGUACUUCUGUCAGAAUAUUUGAGUGCUUCCACAUCAUACGCUGUAUAAAUACUAGUAUUAGCACUACAGCAGUGUAAUUACAGAGACUUUGUUUGAGCCAAGUGGUCAUGCAUCAUUGGACUUCUAUUAGUCCUGUUGCUAGACUUGUAUUUCGUUGAAAUCUCAGCUUCAUUACUGGCUUUCCCGAAUGAUGUUUUUCAUUGUUUUCCUCAGUCUCUCAUGGCACCUGCCAUGAUAGUCUUGAAAUAUGCCAUGACCACUUCAUAAAUCUUUCUCUCUCAUCUAUUCCUAAUCAUCUGUACCUCUAAUUUGGUUGUAUAUGAUCACUGCAGCUGAAGCAGCAUAAUUUUACAAGUGUGAAGGUUUGUGUCAUGGUAUGUUAUUAGACUGACAUAUAUAAUGGACAUUUUAUAGCAUUUUAUUUUCUUUUUUAACAAAAAAAAAGAAGGCAGUGGAAACUUUCCAUCAUAUGUCAUUAGCAAAAUUUAAUGUCCAUAUCAUCAUUUAUUUAAUGACAUUUUCUAAGCUACAUUAUUUAUGUAUCAUCAAAUGGGAAGGAUAAUGAAGCAGUUGUGAUCUGAGAUAAUGUCCCAGCAUUCACCAGGAAUGAUUAAUGACAAGACUAGAAAGAUUGCACUCUGUAAUGUAGUGCACUCUGUGAAGCUUAUAAUAGUGAAAUGAAAAUUAGUGUAAGUGUCCCAUAUUGAGUUUUGACAAAAUCUGUGGAAAGAUUUGUGGGAUACAUGUUAAAGUCCAUUAAUUUCUUUAUUAUACAUCAGUACAGCUGAAAAUCACAAGCCUGACAAAUUUUAGCAUAAGUCUCCCAUGUCAUAUUUUAUGAAAAUCUGUCCAACAUUUAGGUGCUGAGACUGGGUCAAAGAUAGACAGAGCAACAGAUGAAUAGAUUUCAUCUCCGUGCAAGGCAUUCAUCUUUAUUUUGUAAGAAUCACCAAAAACUUUAAAGAAACACCUUGAGAAUUGAAAGUGGUACCUCUUUCAUACAAAACAAGACUGAAAAUCUCUUGACUGCAAUCUGUCAUUUAGUAAACUAAGAUGUAUUCAACAUGUGAGAGUUUGUUGAGUGUACAGGCAGCUUUGGUUUACAGGGUUACUCACCAUAGAAUAGGAUUAAGUGGGUGGUUAUGAACCUGUUGGACUUGAGGUUUUCAGGAAUGGGAAGACACAAUAAAGCUUAGAUUAUUUCUAGAAAAAUCAAGUCCAAAUGAAGGAAUAAUACAUGUAUUUCAUCACCACGAAAGCACACCACAGGUUCUAGUAUUGCAAAAAUGUAUUACUGAGUCAUUUUAAGAUAUAUUUUUCUUUAAUUAAAUAUAUAUAUAUAUAUACACAAAAAAGCGUAGGCAAUGUCCAUCCAACCCUCUGUAGCAGAGUCUUAUAAACAUCUUAUUCUAUAAUAGUAGUCACCGCACUAUUUUAAUACAGGGUGUGCCAAUGAAUUUGGCAAUCUUAAAAACGUUAUGAACAGUAAACUAUUGCAUUUAUUUGGUUUUAACACAUAGGAAUAUGGUGUAAACAUAAAAACAUUUGGUUUUUCUCAAUUAACUCACUGAAAACAGAAGUCUAAUUCCCAAAAAUAAUAUCUGACAGAUGACCACCAUUCCGCUGUAGGGACUUGGUAAAUCUCUUCCUAAAGUCACUCAUGACGCUUUGCAGCAUCUCUACGGGAAUUCGUUCAACUUCUUCCCGAAUUCGAUGUUUCAACUCUGAACUGUGUGGGGUGCUGGAAUUUUUAAAACUUGUGAUUUAAGAUACCCCCAGAGAAAAAAGUCACAUGUGGAAAGAUCAGGUGACCUGGCUGGCCAUAUGGUGUCCCCAUAUCUGGAGAUAACAUGGUUAGGAAACAGGUUAUUCACAACUGUCAUGGAAGCUCGUGCGGUGUGGCACGUAGCCCCAUCUUGCUGGAAAAGUGUUUCUUCCUUGACUGGAAGACGAGCAAGUGCAGGAGCUAAGAAGCUCUCCAACUUGUGAAUGUAACGUGGUCCAGUCACAAUUACAGCCCUUUCCCACUCAUCUUCGAAGAAGUACGGGCCAGUAAUUCCAAACAAAGAUAUUGCGCACCAUACUGUGACUUUGGAACUGUGAAGUGGUCUGUCAUAAAUUUCUUUGGGAGUUGUAGCUGACCAGUAGCAGAAAUUUUGCUUGUUAACAAACCCUGAUAAAUGGAAAUGAGCUUCAUGGCUCAUCAGUAAGUUGUUAAUGACAUCUUGAUUUUGAUUAAUUAAUUGGAAAAAGUGUCUGGCAGAAAUUGACUCCUUUUUCAUAGUCAUGUUUUUAUAGUGCAUGAGUAAUUUUAUUAAGUUUGAUUUGUUGAUUUGUUUGAGUAAUUUGAAGUUUAUAGGGGUAGAAGUGGAGAUCUUUUGUGCAAAAUCCAUCAAACGCUGGUUUCAGACAGCCCAAGUGAUGUAGUGUGGCAAUGCGCAGACCAGUGUGAACUUCAUUCAAUGGCUUCUCUUACUGCCGCUACAUUCUCAGGUAUACCUUCUGUUUUUAUGCUACCACCUUUCUUCUUUAGUGUAGAACCAAUAGCCUCAAAGUUUUGAACCCAGGUCUUGUUGGCAUGGGCAGAUGGAAUAGGACAAUUGCAAUGAAUACCAAACUCUCUUUGAAAUUCAUGCUGAGCGAUCACGAAACUGUCACCAUUUUUGUAAAAUGCUUUCACAGCAAAAGCUCACUGUGCUCCAGUCCACAGCACCAUUGCAACUAAAAUGCUUUGAAGUAGGCUGCUGGGUGGCAGUAAUGGCAUCCUCCCCACUCCAAACAGUCCAGGAAAGAACACCGCUGCCAACUCACCUGAUUCAUUGACACACUCUGUACAUCUCUAAACUUUGAGAGUAUACUGUUAAUAUUUGUAUAUUUACUUCAUUUUCCUUUUUUUGAAAUAAAUUUAGGUAUUUUGUUUAUGAAGUGACAGACGCCUUGCACAAAUCUUUUUCCUCUCCCCUUAAGAGCGCUCUGCAACUGACUUUGGGAAUUUAGUCUCUUACUUUUCCUUUAAUUAUCUUGGCAAAGUUCUUGUUCCGUUCAUUUACAUCCCUCUCCCUUUUCCUUCCAUAGUGCGUUUUUACUUAUGUGAUUUGUUCCUUAACUUUUCCCAUAAAUGCAAUUCAAUCGUUGUCUUUAUUAUGCAGUCUAGAACCCUUUUAGCUGCUUUUUCUUCAUCCUAUUAUGUCAUUAUACUCGAUGUGAAUUGGAAAAUGAUCGCUAUUCCAAAGUCUGUUCCAGCCUUUGAGGUAUAUAACAGUGCAGAUCUUUGGUCUACAAAAGUUAAGUCGAGGGCAGCCUUGGAUCCUGUGGCAUCGGGGAUGUAUGUCUGGGAGCUGUCAUUUAGCAACACAAUGUUUGUUUCCAAUUUGGUGAUACAAUGGAUCAGGUUGUUACUGGUAUUAACAUCUUCUGAAUUACCCCAUGAAUGAUGAUGUCCAUUAAUGGCUCUGCCAAUCAAGAAUUUAACUUUAAUUCUGGGAAGUUUUUUUCCCAUUCUCUCAGCCUGAUUUUCAUGUGUGGCAGUCUGUAACAUGACAAUUAGUAUUUUAUCUUGGCCAGUAUAUAGUUCAAUUGCACACACUUCAGUUUUGUCACCACUAUCAUAUAGACCAUCUUUACAUGAAUAGUUCAGGUUGUUAUACAUUAAAUGGCAACAUCACCAACUGCCCUUCUGUUCAUUUUUUCUCACCAUGUCAAACCCUUUCAGGUAUACGCAUUCUUAUUCAUCAAGCCAGGUCUCUGAUAGUAUUAUGACAAACGUUGUUUACCUCCCAUACAUUACGUACAAUUCUCUGUAUGAUGAGGCUCCAACUAUUCCAUUAAUUAUUGGGCCUCCUAUACAAUUUUAUAAUGAAACAUUGAAAUUUACUAUUUGUCAAAGGAUACGUAUGUAAAGUGGAACCAACGACUGAUUCGUUGUUAAAAAAAUCAAUCAAAUUUUAAUUUUGUUUUUA